UAGAAAUGACGUGAACAGCGGACGGCUGGACGGUUGACUCCCGCUCUUUAAAGCUUUUUAACGGAUUUAAUAUGCAAGAAUACUUUAACACAACAAAAAGAAGACUGGAGCUGCUUUUUUCACGCCGGCUUCGAGUUAAAUCGACUGUUGAGAAGUUUUGUUCGCAUUCAUGGCAAACGUUAAAGUUGCCGUUCGAGUCCGCCCUCUCAGCGCGAGGGAGAGGGCGGAUGAAGGAAGGCUAGCAGUUCAGGUGGAGGACAAGCUUGUAAGGGUCAAACAUGUAAAGCUGGAUGGACGUGGCGAUGGCGCUGUCGAUUCGAGGGAGAAGCUUCUGGAGUUUUGUUUUGACUACUGCUACUGGUCGGUGGACCCAGCAGAGCCUCACUAUGCCUCGCAGGAAGAGGUGUUCCAGGACCUGGGUGUGUCGGUGCUGUCCGGAGCCUCCGAGGGCUACAACGUGUGUCUAUUUGCAUACGGACAAACGGGAUCUGGAAAGACGUACACCAUGAUGGGGACACCGGACUCCAUCGGUUUGACCCCUCGGAUCUGUCAGGGUCUCUUUAGGUCUGAAGACACUUUUCCCGAUGAGCAAAACUCAAGCAGAGUAGAGAUCAGCUUUCUGGAGAUCUACAAUGAGCGUGUGCGAGACCUGCUGGGAGGAGGAGAGCAGAAGAAGAGAGCCUCCCUGAGAGUUCGAGAACACCCUGAGAAAGGACCCUAUGUACAAGACCUGUCCCAGCACGUGGUCUCAGACUGCAAGCAGGCCAUGGACCUUUUGGAGGAAGGCAUCGCCAACCGUAUCACCGCAGCAACUCACAACCACGACGCUAGCAGCCGAUCCCACGCCAUCUUCACCAUCCAGUACACGCAGGCAAACCUCGAAAAUAACCUUCCUUCAGAAACUGUCAGCAAGAUUAACCUGGUGGACUUGGCUGGGAGCGAGCGAGCAGACUACCACUACUGCAGGGACAGACUGACCGAGGGCUCUAACAUCAACAAGUCGCUCGUCACUUUGGGCAUCGUCAUAUCUGCUCUUGCCCAGAACUCCCAGAUGUCCAGCAGCUGUCAGAGCAUCAACAGCAUGGCCUCUGAGGUCGAUGGCAGCACGGUGGGAAGCCACAGCAGCUCCCUGUCCGGAGGAGGAGGUGGAGGAGGAGGAGGAGGGAGGAGGCACUGCUUCAUCCCCUACAGAGACUCAGUCCUCACCUGGCUUUUGAAAGACAGCCUGGGCGGCAACUCCAAGACCAUCAUGAUUGCAACCGUCUCGCCCUCCGCUAACAGUUACAACGAGACCCUCAGCACCCUGCGCUACGCCGCCCACGCCAAAAAUAUUGUCAACAAGCCUCGGGUUAACGAGGACGCCAGUGUUCGGCUGAUCCGGGAACUGAGAGAGGAGAUUGACAGGCUGAAGAGCAUGCUGCUCAGCUUUGAAAUGCAGCGUAAUCCCAGUCCAUCCCUGAGCGACGAGAGGGAAGGAAAUAUUUCUGACAUCGUGCUACAGAACGAACUAAAGGUGGAGCAGCUGACGAAGGACUGGACGGAGGGUUGGAGAGACAAGAAGGAGCUGCUGAAGCAGUACAGCGUGGACAUCAACCGAGACCGGGCCGGAUUCCUCAUCAACUCCCUCCAGCCGCACCUGGUUACUCUGGAUGGAGACGUGCUCAGCACCGGGGUCGUCUUCUAUCACCUCAGGGAAGGAAUUACCCACAUAGGACCUCAGGAACAAUUUGAAAAACCACAAAUAGUUCUGCAGGGCAGUGCCAGCUGUGAGAUCGAAAACCACAGCGGCGUGGUGACGCUCCGACCGCUGCCGGGUAGCGUCUGUCUGCUGAACGACCGAGAAGUCACUGAGCCCUGCAGACUGGCUCAAGGGAUGGUGAUCACCUUGGGAGGAGUGCACAAGUUCCGCUUCAAUCACCCGGCCGAGGCAGCCGUCCUCCGGGAACGCAGACGGGCCAGUGAAGUUGGCAUGACCUGCACCUACAUCGACCUUUGCCCCUCCACCCCUAACCACAGCGUCGAAGAUGUGACGCUCCAAAGCCAGCCGGGUGCAUGUCUCUCCCCCGGUGAGCAGCCGACUGCGAGGCAGCGCUUGGAGGAGCAGCAGCGCUACGUGGAGAGUUUGCGACACGAGAUUCAGGCUGAACAAAGGAAGGCUGAGAGAGAGCUGGAGAGGGAGCAGGCCCACCUCCUACAGCAGCACAGAGACAUCCAGCAGUGGAUUACGCAGGAGAAACGACACCUAACGACCGCAGAGCUGAGAAUCACCCACGAGUCUGGUGUUCAGACGGACCGUCUCCCCUCAACCCUCCCAGAGCCGGCAGCAAGUCGUACGUCCGAGGAUCGCGAAGGUCGGACGGUGGACCGGCCGUCCCAGGUGGUACGGGCCAGGAAGAAGGCGGUGCAAGAGGAGCUCCUGAAGCAUCACGCCCUCCGCCGAUCCGAGAGCCGCGUCCGUCGCAGACAGUUGCACUACCAGCUGGAGAGAAUCGCCCGCAAGCGACUUCUGUUGGAAGCCAAGAGAGAAUUGCAGCAGCUGGAAAGGGCCCUGCCUCCAGGACCGGACAGCCCAGAGUCUCCUGAUAUGGGCUCCCCCCCAAAGCUCAGAUCGUUUGUUUCUCGCAGACACUCGUUCUCAGCAGAUCUUCUGUCCCGGCUCGACCCACAGAACACCCCUAUCUUCAGACACUUCCUCAAAAGAAACGCAUCCACAGAACUGACGUCAGAUUCCUUCACAACCUCUGACUCCAUUGGCAGCAGGAAGUGGGUUUCCGAUGAGUGUAUUCCUCGGGAGAGAACCCAGAGUUGUUCCGCUUCGCUCUUCUCGGGACAAAGUCAAGCCAGCUGGAGAAGAGGGAACUCCUCUGAAAACCUCAGGCCGACGGCCAAAGAGGAACCCCAAGCUCAGCCCUUCCGGGAACGACCGGAGAGAAAACCUCUGCUGCCAAACCGAGAGCUGUCUUUUAAGAACAGAUCUGAUCACAACUCUUUGGUCUCUCUGAAGUCACCACUUGGAACGACUUUGCAGCAAGUCUGCAAAGAAAAUACACAAGGAACCACAACUUGCAAAACCAGUUCUCAGAUUGUCCCUUGCAUGAAUGAGAUAAAUCAAUCCCACGCAGGUAACAAUGGACUGGACACCAUUAGGAAGAGUUUCUCUUCUUCUGUUGGGCCGAGGCUAAAAACGGCUCUGUCCAAAGUGUUCAGGAAACCACCAUCCAGUGAGAAUGGUGGACGAAACCCCAAACCUCUGGGGAGGAUAGCGAGCAAAUUUCACUGGAGACAAAGAAGAGACCGGAGCCUUAAAGACACCCAGAUGAACCAAAGCAAAUGUGCCGUUAAAGCGGCCGUCUCGUGCGAGGAGCUCGACCAAAGGACUGCGUUUGAGGACCAUAAACAGAAGCGCUGGCAUAGCACCGAGGCUCUGAUGAGCAACACCAGCAGAUGGGUCGAGACGCAGCAGGGAAUGACGGGAUGGGAGGAAGAGCAAGAGGACGGAGAUGGAGUAAGGUCGGACUGUGAGAGCCUUUUCUCUGUCGACUCUCUGUCCUCUUCUUAUGUGACGGCCCUCGCCAAGCAGCUGAGACUCGAGGAAGCGACUCAGAGCGAAGCGGAGAGCGAAGACAGUCAAAUAUCUAGAGACUCCUUGGCUGUGGAGAGCGGCGGGAAAUACUCAACAGCGGAGAAACGUAGCCAGACGGUGGUGCCGGCUUACUCAUUGGUGACGGGGUGCUCCCGUUCAUUCAUGCGGCACAAUACAGCAGCAGAGGUGAGUUUAGACUGGAAACCUCAAGUAAACCCAGCUGACACGUACUGGAGCCAGCAAGGUUCCCCAAAAUCAAGACACAGCGGUGCCACAACGACGCCUCCUUCCAGAGGCGGAGACAAAUUGAUAGAGGACUUUAGGGAAACCACUUGGACCUUCAGCCCACGCUCCCUGAGCAGCUGCAGUGUGAGGGAGCCGGACAACACGCCGGCACUCACCGACGCCUGGUCCUCCACUGACGCGGCCGACGGUCCCGGGAUUCACGGGGAUUCUCUGCCUUUCCAAAGAAUAACAAUGUUCAAAGGUGUCGCGAGCAGCAGCGGUCCAAGUCCAAUCAGUACGAACCUCUCAGACGCUAAGAGUGGACGUAGCUCUUCAUCCACCAGCACCGAGGGUGUACAUGUAACCGUGCAGGAACGCGGUUUAACAUCGGGAACAUUAGAGUCUCAGAUUCUCACAACGCCAGAGGACGCCCUGAAGCCAGCAGGGUGGUGUGUGGAGCAAGCAGAAAACACAGGGAACGCAGGUAUGUUUACUCCCGACCGCAGCAUCAAAGGUCCAGCACUGUUACUGAACGUAGAACCUCAAACCACUUGUGUGUCUCCCACUGAGAUCCACUGCACUGAACAACAAGCCUCGCCACUAACACUGCUUCAGGAUGGACCUGACAUGGAGGUCGUUGACACGACAAUGUCCUCUGACACGAACACAUGUAUGUCAGGUUAUCAAUCAGUAAUGCAUCCUUCUUAUCAUAGCCAAGUUCAAGUUUUAAAACAAAUGUCUUCCCCUGUAAGCGUCCUCAAACCGUCCACUGUAGAGGAAGAUCUCUGCAUUCUAGAUGGCGCAACAGAAACAUUGACAAACAUGAUCCAACAUGAGCUUGGGAACGCCAAACAUGUAUCUUCUACACGGGACGACAUGUCGGACGAGGCUGAAACCAAAGGAGCUCUGAGUCAGCAGGACAUUGCACUACAGCAGGAGCUUGUUAAAUCGGCUUUUAAAAAUACCAGGAAGAGGAACAAAGACCAGCAGGAGGCUUUCAUGGGCAGCUUGAAAAUUCCAAAAAGGAGCAACGGCAGAGAGUUGGAAACGUUCUGCUCGGCACCAGUUGACAAGGAAGAUUCUUGUGCUGGUGACAGUGACUCAAAAGGAGAACAGUCUCCUGUGGUAGCUGACGAUUCUGUUUUCGCUGAUGGCCGCAUCAGACAAGUCACAGUAGCUUCAGAGGCGUCGCCAGUUCCUGAUCCCAUGAGAAGGCAGCCUGGACAGAUCUUUGAGGACUCUGAAUGUGGUGACAAUGGUCCUCAGAGCAGAGUACUUGGAAAGGGAGAUGUAGCAAUAAAGGAAGCAGCUGCAGAAACACAAGAGGGUGAAUCACAGCUUGAUAAACCCGGAAAACAUCAAGAAAGCAUAAAACACGUAUGCAAGUCGGAUGCUAUUUGUAGCGCUAUUGACCUGAGAAUCUCAGAAGUGGUCAAAGAGCGAGUGCACUUGUCUUUGAUUGACAGCAAGGAUGACGGGAAGGGCGGGAGUCGAAGCACGUUUGCCUCGUCAUCCCCUGCGUGUCAUUCCAGCUGUCAGAGUGAUGAAAAGGGAUGGCAAGAACAAAAGACGAUGGUUAAAAUGAGCGAUGGGGUGAAAAAAGGAGAAAUCCUUGAAGGACACCGUGCACUUGAAAGGAUGAAGCCUGAAGACACAGUGGACCACAGUGAACACCUGUCAUCGGAUGUGUCGGCCGGAUUAAGAACGAGCCGUGAGAGCAACGUGCUUCAAUCUUCUGAAGUAACACGGGAGACGGACCGUGUGCAGAACUUCUCUGAUGUGACAUCAAACAAGUCGGUCUAUCGUCGUGCUUUCCAAACGUCCUCUGCCAAAAACAACAACGCCCAAACAAAGAUGACACUCGACAGCCAGAGAGAGGCGGAACAGUCCACUGGCAACGCCACUUGGCAACCAGUUAGUCUGUCCCCGAUUACUUGUUCCUCCAUCCAUCCUACAGGAACGACUGUGGAGAACGAUGCUUCGAAUGAAGUGGACGCCGGGAGCUCUGAACUCCACCAAGUACCCAGAGAAACACCUCCCACCACGGGCGAUGCAAAGAAAAACCGUGGCUGUAGGCAUGAAAAGGACGUUGGUAUGGAAGCCACAUCUAACGCUGAAGAUAAAGACUGUUCGCACAAGCAUCAUUUCCAAAAUAGUCCUCGCACAAAAUUAUUAUCCGAUGGAGAAACUCUUCACAGCAGCCAAAACGAGUCCACCGAUGAUGGCGCCUCUACGGACGGGUUGUUGGUUCCUCCUGGCCGUGAUGGGAAAAGUGAAACAGAAAACACAAGCGGAGGCAAACCGUGUGUCACGGCACAGAGUGCGUUCAGAUGUUCACAGAAUCGUACAAAUACCUCGGUGCAGACUUGUGUGGUAAAUAUGAAUUACCGCAACAAAUGCGAACGUGUAUCAAAUUCGACGUGCGAAUCGGUUAAAGAAACACAAAAUGACAAAGAGACUCCAGAGAUCUGUGCAGAGUCCAAACAUGAAGCGAGUAUUUCAGGUUCUAUUCCGCCGCAACACGCUUUGGCACCGGGGAAUGCCAUCAAGCAUACGAGACGCUCCGGAUCUGUGACGUCAAAAGAGGAUCAGCCUCACGCACCUGGAGACGAGCUGAAUCGAUCUGCUCUUCUCUCUAAAAAGGCCAAGUCGAAGAGGUUGAGGAAGACUAAGAUGCAGACUCAUCCCGCGUCUUCCACCGAGUCCUCGCCCAGGUCAUCGGACGAGGACGAGGAGGACGAGCAAACCACCAGAAUGCAUCAAAGCCGGCUCGCAUCGAAAUGGGUGAAGCUCUGCGCUCUGAGCAACGGUAGACCAGAAGUCCGACAGGUCCAAAGUGAAGAUGCAGAUGUGUGUACCGCAGUGUCGGUGAGCAAAUCUAAAACGAUGAGUAGAAGUGAAGUUAAAGCCCCAAAAAGACACACUUUACAAGUCAUGUCCCAUGGGACAACUGUAGAAAACAUCAUCUCGUACGCAAAGGAGAGUGAAUCGCAGCGGGACUCCCCGAUGCAUUUUGCCUCCAGCGACAUCAACCCGUUCGUCCACCAGCGGCACGGCGAGGACUCAAACCAACCGUCCUAUAAGAACCCUGCAUUCGGGAGCGCCGCCGACCUCUCCUGUAAAUCUCCACUUUUGAAUGCCGCCGAGAAGCGAAUCACAAGAUGCUGCAGCGUCGACAACGGUUUGAACGGGCAGAACUCGCCCUUCUGUUCCCACCUGAGCACGUACGCCGCCGACAAGGGGCUCUCCGGCACGCCGAGCAGCACGGACGAUUACGAGGAACGAGGGAACGAAAGCGCUCGGCUCUCGAGUCGACCGGCCGACCCGACGGCGACCGCCGGUUCUUUAAGCUACGAGCCCCAGGAGAGCAAAGUACCAGCCCGAAGGAGGAGGACUUGCGAGGAUGGCACUCAAACUGAGCACGGCCUUCAGACGGUGAAUACCGGCGGCGGCGCUCCACAGAGGAGAGAGCGCCACAAGAGGAGUAACACGGAAGUGCCGGCGACCCAGAAGACCAGAGUGGGAAUAAAAGAAUCUCCGACGUGGGCCAGUAUGGAGAGCAUGUCGGCUCACCUCUCCAAGCUGAUCGACAGCACCUCGGACCUGCUCGGCGACGUCCAGGAGAUGAGAACGGGCGAAGUCUCCAAGUCCAGUCCGAACCGGAGCGUCCGCAAGUCCAACGUCGGCGUCUCUCGCAGCGAGUCCGGUGACGGCGCCCAGAGGGACCGCUCGACGCAAACGGCCGUCGAUGUCGGGAUCCAGACGGAGAGGUCUUCUUCGACGCCGGCCGCGGAGGAAGUCGCCGCUCAUCAAAAGCCCGGCGAGGGGUCCAAAUCUCACAAGGUCAAUGUGAUCGUCAAGGUGAUCGGUUCUGAGGUUGUCGGCGUGUCCCGAGACGGGACCGCGGACCGCGUGGAGAAGAUCCAGAGCGGUCCCGAUCGGAGCUUUAACACCUGCGCCUCUCAAUCUGAGAACAGAGCAGCUCCCGCGAAGACGCCGGGCGAAUGUCAAAGACGUGUGAGAUCCGCUUCGUCUCGAGGCUCGAAGCAAAGCACGCCGGAGCCGCUGGGUCUCAAAAGUGUCCCGACAUCUGAAGUCUCUCGCAGGUUGUCGCAAAACGGCCAUCGAGAAAAGCCCGGUCCCCUUUUUACGCUUUCCUUGAAGAAACAAGCGACGUACACGGACCGCGCGUCGUCUCCCAUUCGCACCGUGGGAACACGUUUACGCGCGAAGCCGAGAGGAAACUAUCAUUCUGAGAGCGACGACCUCGGCGUGUCGUCCAGCAAACGAUCCGUUUCAGAGGAUGAGCAAAGACGAGACGGUGACGUUUCCUCUCGCGCAUCAGAAUCUGUGUCGCUUGAGAAGGUGAGCGACACGAGUCGCUCGAGCCCUCGAGGCCCCGUGAGCGUUGCUGCAUCAAUGGAUAGAUACACAGUCGGGAGGAAUGUCACCGACGACGACUCCACGCGGCAGUGGAGGACUUCUCCUUCCUCAAAUGGUUUCACGAUACGGAACCACAUUUCUCCCAUAUUAAGACCAGCUGACGUGCACAAACAGGCUGAAGCCCCAUCGGGCUACUCCAGGCCUGCGGUCGAUCCCGUAGAUGUUUUUGUUGACUCGUACCACCCGCCCCCGGGCAGCAACGGGACGGUUCAACUCCAAGAGGACGACGUGGCGUCGCUGGCGCUCAGCGAGUGCAACACGGACGUCCUCACGAACAUCGAUCCCGUCGCCAGCGUCUCCCCGUCUCGACGCCACCAAAGGGGCCCGGAGGACCUGCCCGUGCACAACAAGUUCACCGGCUGGUCGGGCGUCAACCCCCAGCAGUCGAAACAGUGCGACAAGACGGGGGCACUUCCUCCUAAAGACGACGAUGACGGGAGCAGAAACUGGGACGAGAUGGAGAGCUCCGGCUGGAAUGUGGAGUCUGACCGACGGGCCAGAGAGAUCGAGCGGCUGCGACAGGAGAGGGAGCGGGUGAUGGCGACGGUGAGCCUCCACGUGAACCCCACACCUCUCACCGUGGAGCUGACGGAGGCCAAGCUCCACUACGGCCUCGGGGAGACGGACACGCUGUUAAAGAUGCUGUCGCCGAGGACCAGAGGCGAGCUGGAGGCGCCGGCCUCUCCGUCUACGAAACAACGGCUGUAUGACGAACACCGCAGGAGUAUCGAGGGUUUGAGGCAGCAGAGGGAGGAACGUCUCCAGACUCACCACAGAGCUCGAAGUCUGAGUCCCAGCAGACAUCCGCGCUCCUCUUCACAAGAGGUUUCCUCCCCCAAGGCGUCUGCCGCCAUGCCCGGUAGGCGUAAAGAGUCCCUCCAACCGCUCCGCCAAGAGGUCAUCAGUGCCACCAGAAUACCGGACCCCCAACGAGGAGACGGCCGCUGUCCAUCUGACAUCGAGCAGAUGCUGCGGGACUACGGCCGAGCCCGGGAGGAGGCCCGGACGGAGAUCGCUAAGGCGAGAGAGCGACUGCGAGAGAGGACGGAGCAGGAGAAGAAGAGGCUCCAGCAGCAGCAGGGCCUGUCUCAGGAAGUCACGGAUGACCUGAGACAUCGGACCAGAACCAGUAACAGCACCUUAUGCACCGGGUCCAGCCUGAGUCUUUCCUCCGGACCAACAUCGGGGUACAACAGUGGAAACACGCUGCAGCACGGCAACAGACCACUUCUGACUGGACAGAUCCCCGGGCUCCUGGACGAAGGGCUGAAGGUCAGGACGCGUCCGCCUGCAUGUGGUCCUCAAAGUGUGAAGUCACAGAGAGCCUGGCUGUCUGCCCACGAUGUCCGCCUUGAGCCGCCCGUCACCUCGUUUGAGCCCCUGAUGACGUCCUCGCCGUCACCCUCAACUUGUGCACGUCAACGCGCCGCCUCCUUCGGCUCCUCCUCCUCCAUCUCCACGACCUAUCAGGACAUCACAUCGAGUCUCCUUGGCCGCGCUCUGGCUGAGGUGCGACUGGCUUCUUCUGGGGAUUUGAGCAACCUGCUAAUGAGCAAGACCACAGCGGGCUGGAGGUACCAGGGAGAAGAGCGAGGCGUGCAGGCAUACUACAAGGCCUCCUCCAGCCCGUCUGUCCACGGUUUCCUUGGAGCCGCGGAGCUGGACAGACCUGUGGACGCUCUGUGGUCCACCAUCUGCCAGCUGUCCAGGAGCCACGCCUACAACCCGUCCGUCCGCUCCGUCUGGACACGACCACUAGAUGACAGCACUCAGCUGUUUCACGUCCUAACGGAUCCCUCCGCCUGCCACCUCAGCCAGCCGCGGGACUUCUGCUGCAUCAGCACCGAGUCCAAGCAGGCCGGCUUGUGCGUGCUGGCGAUGCAGUCGGUGUUCGAGGAGUCGCUGCCUCGUCCCGGCGUGGACGCCGUCCGCGGGGAGAUGAUGCCCAGUUGCUGGAUCCUGCAGCCCAUUAGACGCGGUGGACGGGAAGCCACCAGGGUCGUCUACCUGCUACAGGUGGACUUAGGAACUCCAUCCUUCCCUCACCGACUGUUGAACACUGUUGCCAGAAGACACGCGGCCGUCAUCGCCGAUCUCGAUGCCUUACUCGCCAAAUCCACGGGAGUCAUGGCGACACGUCGGCAGUGAGCACUUGGGACUAAACCGUCUCCCUCAUGGAGUUGGUCUGUCUUUUUGAAUUUGCACCUGAAAUUAAUUUACUUGACUUUUUCUUGUUAUUCUAAGAGCACUGUUCUAUUGUUUCCCAGUAACACCGUUGAAGCUUUAUAUAUAUACAAAUAUAUAAAGGUAUUUUUUGAUAAAAUAUUGAGACUGUAUUUUUAUAUUUGCGAUGUACAUGAAUACAUGUAACAAUCAUAAUCCUAUUGUACCAAAGAUUAAUUAGAAGUCCGAGGGAAUGACUUGCCAUGUUCAGUGUUCCGCGUUUCUGUCUAGACGGCUUAAUAAUUAAUUAUCCAGGACUUGAAAGCUAUUCCACUUUAUCGCUUCAUCAAUGUGACGAAACGGGUCUAAAGUCACCUGAGUAUCUGCCAUUUAAGUCCCUUGAUGCCUGUUCGCUAUAGAGUCUCUAUUGAUUUUUUUGACAGCCAAAUAUGUCAACGUCAACAAGGUUAUCAUAGCUGGAAAACCUUUUUUAAAUUAAAUUUAAAGAGUCCAUCAACACAUAAUAAAGGUUGUAUUGAUUUGUAUUUACUACACAAGAGUGUUCACUCUCUAUCUAUGAUGGAUGGAUAAAUAGAUGCGGCCCCUUUGUGGUUAUACAAGAGGCUGCAACACUGUUCCAUAUCUGGGUCAAGCAGUUUUUGCAAAUAUUUGCAUGUAAAUGCUUUGUUUCUGGAUAGACUUGGAUAGAUAACAAGGGGGGCGGCAGAUAUGACUAUGAAUAUAUACAUGGAUUUGAAGGUCAGUUGAGUUUAUGUCAUCCGAGUUGAUGAGGUGAACCACUAAAAAACAUGAUAAAAUGAAGAAUAAAAAGGUCAAAUAUAUGUGAGGGGACUGUAUGGAAAACACUUUACUUUAAUGUCAGGCUCUCUGUGCAGUACGUGUGUCACACUUAAACACAAUUAAAUACAUUUAAAGGUUAAGAGAAAACAUGAGGAACCGCGGCGGAGGAAGUGAAAUAAGGUUCAACUCCUCCAAUAACGUCCGUGCAGUCCCCGUUGGAUCGUAAUGUGUUGCAUUGAAGGAAUAUUGAGGAUGAUUAGGCUCCGCCUCCACCGGCAUUUGUUACGUCACCUGUAACCAAUCAGCAGCGAGGACCCGAACCUUUAAAAAAAAGCGUUUGUAGCAGAACAGGGACUUUCAGGACUUUUGGGGUAUAAACGCUAAAAGAUGCUGCCCCCCCCCCCCCCCUAACCUCCCUUUUUAUGCAUUAUUAAAGCUGCAGUAAGACAUGGACACAAUUAUGGUACCCUGAAUCUUAUUAAGCUCAGUUCUUAUGGCCCGUUUCUCAAGUGUGUUUGGUAUUUAUUGUUGUUCCUCUUGCCUUCUGUUGAAUGUGUUUUUCUAUUUUCUAUUUAAUGGGCAGAGAGUGUUUACGGCCGCUUGCACAAGACCGUUAAUGCAUUUAUUAAUGCCGCCUAUUAAGAAGUGAUUUUGUCUUUUUUUUGUUGGCACAGUGUUGCAGAUAUGCAGGCGCCGAUCAAAGGCGUCCCGAUAUGAAGCCAUAUUAUUUACAGGAGUUGAAGGAAGCGCUCGCAUUGAGAUUUAAAAGAACCAAAGAAGACACAAAUACUGUGUCGCGGCCAGAGUGAAGGAACAUACACAACUUUUUGAACUGAUAUAUUUUUUUUUUUAUGUUUCUAUAUAUUUGUAUGUGUUCCUUUUCUUUUUUGUGUAAGAAAGCAUUGUUAUUUAUGUUUUUAUGACGUGUUGUAAGUGUAUUUUAUUAUAAACAGCCUGCUUCCCGAUGCUAAUGAGAUCUUAUGUGGCCCGUGUGUUUGGCCGUUUUUUAUACGAAUACAAUACAUUUUAAAGUGAA